AUGCUUGAAAAAUUUGGCAAUGAAGUCAAUAAAACAAUGCAAGUCAAGAAGAAAAAAAUGGAGCAAUUUACUCAGGAAACUAUGCGAAUGACUGUAAAUAAAAUUUUCGAAGUCAGUAAAAAACAGUACUUAGAAAGAGAAAAAGUUAUCGAGCAAUUUCGGAAUCAAUUUUUCUCAAUGAUACAUGAAGCUGAAACAGAGGUAGCAAAAGCAAAGGAGGCAGAAGCAAAAUUCCAGAAAUUUAUGACACAAAAUCAGAAGCAACAGCAGCAGUUUAGAAGCUCACAGGUUCUGCGCCUGCAAUCGCUGAAAAACAUGAGUGAAGAGUUUUCCAAAGGUAUGAAUGCUUUGGAAGAAAAUCAUAUACAAAGUUUUGCUUCAGUUCACGAUGAACUUCGUAAAGAUAUGGCUCUUAUGCUGAAAAAGAUGAUGGGGGAAACUCAACAACAAGAGAUGUCAAACAUCCGAAACCAACUGAAGCAUAUUCUCUAA